CCAGCGCAGACCUCACCAACACGCUCGGCUCGCCGCCUUCAUCGCGCCGAUAAGCGCUGACAGGCGAAGCAGGAGGAGAGAGAUAUGGAGGGACAGAAACUCUGACUUCAGAGGAACCCACACGCAGGGGCGGAUGGACGUUACAUUACUCUCCUAACAGGCAAAUAUAAAUACCAGCGAGGGACAGGGGAAAAGGCGAGGGAGCGGCCUGAAAUUCAAAUUCAAAUAGUCUCUUGGCAAAGGGAAAUCACCAUCAUGCUCCCUCGAAGUAUGAAGACAUCUGGAGUAGAGCUGCCGGGAGUGGGGCCCAGAGAGGUGCCCCUCAUCGGGUAUCGACCCCUACAACCAGAGGUGGACGGCCAUAAGGAUCAGCUGUGGAAGGAGAAUGAAAACAGGGAGGCAGAUCACACACAGGGGGAGCCAUCCCCGAUGAAGACCACAUGGUACUGUCCACUGGACCUGUCCACUGUGUCUGAAAUGGAAGAAGACGGUAUCAUCUACACUGUGGUGGUAAAACAAGGGCACAGUUCCCCCGCCGGCCCACAGUCCACAGCAUCCCGCUCUCAGCACGUCAAAGCAGGGACAGAGGAAAAGCUGGUCCUCCAUCUCCUACAUUCCUUCAGCAUGGGUGACUCCUCCUUCAUCUCCAUCUUCCUCUCCACCUAUCGCUCCUUCACCUCCACCCAGAGAGUGCUGGACAUCCUGAUUGACAGGUUGGGAAUUCCUCCGGGUGAGAGCAAUAGUAACACUCGUCAGAUGUUCAACAAGGCAGUGUGUACAGUGUUCAGCACAUGGCUGAGUGACUAUCCCGAGGAUUUCUGCUCUCUGAGCGAUCCCUCCUGCCUGUUACGCUUGGCCCCCCUGCUUCCCGGUGACACCUCGGGUGCAGAAAUCAAAGGUCGACUGCUGAGGAUCGCUGAGGAGCUGAGUGAGAAAACGCUGCUGUCCGGCUCGCUCUCAGAUCCUACCAAAGGUGUGACAUCUCCUCCUGAUCCCUCAGAGUUUGAUGCCACCAGCAUCCUGGGGUUUCCAUCCAGUGUGAUCGCAGAGCAGCUGACCAGGAUCGAGACAGAUCUGUUUCUGAAGCUGGUGCCCUAUCACUGUCUGGGGUCUCUGUGGUCUCAGAGAGAUAAGAAGGGCCGGGAAGGAGCGUGCUGGUCGGUCAGAGCUACUAUCAAGCAGUUUAAUCGCUUAGCAAACGCUGUCACAGCCUCGUGCUUGUGGAACACGGGUCUGAAGAGCCAACAGAGGGCCAGACUGCUGGAGAAAUGGAUCAGCGUCGCAGAGGCCUGCAGAAGCAGGAAGAACUUCUCCUCACUGUACGCCAUUCUGUCAGCGCUGCAGAGCAACCCCAUCCACAGACUGAGAAAGACCUGGCAGGAGACAGACAGAGAAGCUGUAAAGAGAUACGAGGAACUUUCUGACAUCUUCUCUGAGAAAGACAACUUCUCCCAGAGCCGCGAGCUUCUCAAAGAGGUGGGGACUUCCAAAUUUUCAAACCUUGACACUAAAAUCAACAACAGGAGAUUCACCGGGUCGUGCGCUCAGGGCACUGUGCCGUACCUGGGCAUCUUCCUCAGAGAUCUCACCAUGCUGGACACUGCAGUCAAAGACCGAUUAGAGAAUGGCUUCAUCAACUUCGAUAAAAGACGACGGGAGUUUGAAGUCAUUGCUCAAAUUCGCCUCCUUCAGUCCUCGUGUAGAAACAGCAUGUUCAGAACGGAUGAGACGUUUGUUCAGUGGUAUCACAGCGUACCUAGUCUGUGCGAAGAGGAAAGCUACAAGCUGUCCAAUCAGAUUGAAGCACCGGGCGAGCCGAGUCCUGGCCGUGUCCUGAACCCUACAGUGAUCAUCACACAGUGUCCAGAUGCUCUUUCAGCCGUGGCAAAUACGACAAUGGAUGCUGAUGGCAUAUUUGACUCCCCGUCUCCUGUCAAUCACCUGCUCUCCAGGCUUUACAAGCAUGUUAAAUCCCCAUCCGUUUCCUGUCUGGAUGUUGAUUCGUCGCCGCAGCCCAAUGAUACCACGCCCUCUGGCCUGACCACACCCACUACAGCUGUAAAAUCACAUCGGCGGUCUGUCUCCUGCGGCAACAACCCCACCAAUAACAAACCAGAGGCGGGGCCUGAUAUGAGAAUCGUCAGGAUACGGAUGGAUUUACAUGACGGCAACUUAUACAGAAGCAUUCUGGUCACCAGUAAUGAUAAAACACCCACUGUAAUCAGUUCUGCAUUAGAGAAGCACAACCAGAAUGCUCAAGAAGCCUCCAAAUACGAGCUGAUCCAACUGCUGCCGGAGGGGAAAGAGUUAUUAAUACCUCCUACAGGAAACGUCUUCUAUGCCAUGUCUUCAGCUAGCGUGGACUUCCUGUUAAGGAGAAGAGGAGGAAAUACACCUACAGGGUCUCUGACUCUUGGCAACGAAACCAGCGCAACCUUUCCACGAAUCAAAUCCAAGGGCAGAAGGCUAGUUCGGACACUAUUUUAACAUAAAAACAGGACAUUCUCGUCCAAGUACUUUCAAAAGAAAAGACAAAGAAUAUUUCAUUCAGAGCUCUUUGACGUACCUGUGUAGAAUUGACUCAAAUAAGCCAUUUUCAUAAGUCCCAAUAUUAGUAAUUUGAGUAGAAGCUUGGUUAAAAUGGCUCUAAGGUGUUAGUUACUGCUAAACAUUGCAUUUUUGCAUCUCAUAAAUCAAGAUGAAUUUCAAGACAGGAUCGUGUACCUCUUGCUGAUGCCAGCAUUUCCAGAACUUCCCCCAUCUACCUCUAAAGCUAGCAGUCCAUUGGUUACAGAAUAUUCUGCAUUAUUAAUGACCAUCAAAUGGGGAUAGAGCAGCUAAAAGAUCCCAGCAUAAGAGAAUAAACACUUACAGAAGGUACUUACACCUGUCUAACAUUUCUAAACACUGAGCUGUUCUGUGUGGGCAAAAAGCUAGUGAAAAACACCCACCUGCCUGAAGUUGAGUCAUGAAUCCACUGCCGCUCUCCAGUGUCCUCUCCAAGUAUGCAAACUGAUAGUUGCUUCUUUCUCUUUAAAUAUUAAUACAGAAUUCAUUAUGGUUGUGGUAAUAUCAAGACUCUGUUCCAAAACCUAGUAUAAAGUGUCAAAUUAUCAAAGGCAGGAAACUACGUAUCCUCAAAAGAGACCAUUCUGAAUCAAUCUAAAUAGGCCGCACAUGGGAGACUUUACAGUCAAUUUCAGUAAAGUCGGAUGUUUGUUUUCAAGCUUAACAGCACAAUAAUCUAGUAAUAAUAAUAAUACACUACUUUCCAAAAGUUUGGGGCCACUAAGAUUUUCAAAAGAAAAUUAAUAUUUUUAUUCAGCAAGGUUAUUACAGUUAACUAAAACUACAAUUAAAACCAUAAAAAUUGUUUCUUAAACGUUAAUUGAAAUAAUAUAUAUAUAUA